CCCCCCCCUUCCCAGAGCCCCAGCAUCCAGGCUCCUAAUCCCCCUGCUCCCACCCCACAGGUGUCCAGGUCUCCCAUCCAAGCGCUGACUUGGUCUAUCCCUGCUUAGCUCCACGGCGAACCCCCCCCCCCCCCUCGGGCCCCCCGGAAUCGGUGGGGGGAGGAACGCAGGCGUACGGGCAGUGGGGAAGGCAAUAGCGAGGGACCUUCCUGUCCCCGCCCCGGCCGCAACAAAGAGGCAGCGGGAGCAGCCGCCCUGACCUGGCCUCCCUCCCAUGGGCCGGCCCGACCCGGCGGGCCCCGCUCGGCCCCCACACCCGGCCUUCCCCUGCCCCGAGUGCGGCAAGAGGUUCCGGCAGAGCUCCCACCUGGCCCGGCACCAGCGCAGCCACACGGGCGAGCGGCCCUACGCCUGCCCCGAGUGCGGGCGCGCCUUCAGCCAGAGCUCCCUGCUCACCCGGCACCAGCGCAGCCACACCGGGGAGCGGCCUUACCCCUGCCGGGAUUGCGGCAAGGCCUUCAGCCGGGCCUCCAACCUGGCGCAGCACCGCCGCACCCACACGGGCGAGCGGCCCUACCUGUGCGGGCAGUGCGGGCGGGCCUUCGCCCUCAGCUCCCACCUGCUGCGCCACCAGGGCACCCACGCCGGCGACCGCCCCUACCGCUGCCCCCGCUGCCGCAAGGGCUUCGCCGAGGCCUCCCGCCUGGCCCGCCACCGCUGCCCCUGCCCAGAGCAGGGCCUGGGCGAGUUGGCGUCCCCGGGUGGAGCCCCGAGGAGAGACCAGGACGGCCCCCGUGUCAUGCUGGACACACUUAGAGCCCAAGAUGUUCCUGGCAAGGUCGAGGUCAACAUGCUUGGAGCCUGGGAUGGUCUCCAGGUCACGCUGGACACGCUUGGAGGCCAAGAUAUUCCUGCCAGGUUCAAGGUCACAUCCGACACACUUGGGGCCCGGGAUGGCCCCCAGGUCACGCUGGACACGCUUCGAGGCUGGGAUGUUCCUGACAGGGUCAAGGUCCCGUCGGACAUGCUUGGAACCUGGGAUGGCCUCCAGGUCACGCUGGACAUGCUUAGAGACCAGGAUGUUCCUGACAGGGCUGAGGUCAUGUCAGACACGCUUAGGGCCCAGGAAGGCCCCCAUGUCAUUGUGGACAUGAUUGGAGGCCAGGAUGUCCCCGACAGGGCCCAGGUCACGUCAGACACGCUUAGAGGACAAGGUGUUCCUGACAAGGUGGAGCCCAGGUCAGACAUGCUUAGAGACCGGGAUGUUCCCGAUGGGUUCAAGUUCAAGUCAGACACGCUUAGGGCCCAGGACGGCCCCCAUGUCACUGUAGACACGCUUAGAGGCCAAGAAGUUCCUGACAAGGUCGAAGUCACAUCAGACACACUUAGGGUCCAGGACACACUAGACACACCUAGAGCCCAAGACGGCUCCCACGGCCUCCAGGCCACGCUUAGACCCUGGGACGACUCCUAUGGACUCCAGGUCACAUUAGACACGCUUAGAGCCCAGGACAGCCCCCAGACCGUGCUGGAUGUGUUUCAAGCUUGGGACAGUGCCCACGUGCCCCAGGGCACACCAGGGAGGCAGAGCCCUAAGGAUGAUGCCGCUGCCAUGGACACGCCGGGGGAUCCCAGGAUCCCCGUGAGCCCCCCAGGACCUGCCAGGGCCUACCCGUGCCCCGUGUGCGGCAAAGUGUUCGGCAAGACGUCCCACCUGACGACCCACGGGCGCACGCACACGGGCGAGAAGCCGUACCGGUGCGGGGACUGCGGGCGCGGGUUCAGCCAGCGCGCCGACCUGGCCAAGCACGGGCGGACGCACACGGGGGAGAAGCCCUACGGGUGCGGGGAGUGCGGGCGCCGCUUCACCGUGUCCUCCAGCCUGGCCACGCACCGCCGCAGCCACGGCGGGGACAAGCCGCACGCCUGCCCCGACUGCGGGCGCCGCUUCGGCCUGCGCUCCAACCUCCUCCAGCACCGGCGCUGCGGGCACGGCGGGGCCCGGCCCUACCGGUGCGGGGACUGCCCCCGCGCCUUCGCCCACAGCGCCGGCCUGCUCCAGCACCGCCGCACCCACACGGGCGAGAAGCCCUACCCCUGCCCCGACUGCGGGCGCCGCUUCGGCCUGCGCUCCAACCUCCGCCAGCACGCCCGCACCCACCGCCCGCGCACCCCGGUGCCCGCCGCGCACGCCCCGCUGCAGGGAGCGGGGUGACAGGGUGGGGGGGCGAGGCUGUGGUGUCCCUAUAGCUGGGAAUGGGGGUGGGGGGGGCUAGGCCAAGGUGUCUCCAUAGUAGGGAAUGUGUGUGGGGGGGUCCCUGUACCUGGGAAUGGGGGGGGGUCUAGGUUGGGAUGUCCCUCCCCAUAGCUGGGAGUGGGUGGGGGGUCCCUGCAGCAAGGAAUGGGGUGUUGGUCCUGCCCCCACCCCAGGGAUGGCGGGGGAGGGGGUUAGGCCCUGUGGAGGGGGGCGGGGACACAUAGGUUCUUGUGGGGGGGGCAGGAGGUGAGGUGGGAUGUCUGGGGUCUCUGGGCGUGGGGGCGCUGGGAGCCGGGGCACUUGGGUCCUGUCCUGUACCCCCCCCCCACCCCCUCUCUCUCAGCUGUACCUGGAUCCAAUAAACCCCUCCGCCGUCA